AUGGCCUCGGCCUACCUGUGGAAGCGGCCGUCCCAGAAGCUGGGUUUCCUGGUGAGCUUUGGCUUCAUCUGGGGAAUGAUGCUGCUGCACUUCAUCCAGCAGCGGGCCACGCACGAGAGCAGCACCAUGCUGCGACAGCAUCUGGACCUCAGCAAGCGCUACAUCAAGGCCCUGGCGAGGAGAACCAGAGCUGCCAUGGAGGGCCCCGACGUGGGAACCAUGACGGCCUAUGAUCUGAAGAAGACUCCUGGAGGUGUCCUGGACAACAUCAUGGUACGGCUGGGCAAGCUGGUCAAGGUGGAGAACAUCUACAACGGCACGGGGGCUAACCUGACCAAGGCACCAGCACGGCCACGCCCAGCGCCACCAACGAGAGAAGGUAACGGGCAGGCAGCCCUGUCAGCCCAAGUGCUGCUUUCCCUGGGCCAUGUGGGGCUGGGAAGGAAUUACCCAGAUAUGAUCUGGACAGUGAGGGGAACACGCCUGUCUUCUGAGAGGCUGCUAGCGAUAAGGUGGAGCACCCAGAGCCCAGGAAGAGGGUGGGCUCCCCCCUCACCCUGCUGCCACACGUGUCUCAAUCUGCUGAACGGCGUUCAGGAGAAAUGUGAGCUUCCCCCAUGGACGGCUCCUCACUGUGAGGACAAAGUCAAGUGGAUGAAGGACAGGCGGUCAGACCAUGCUACACCAAAGGGGGACGGCUCCACCUGCUCCUUCUUCAUCUAUCUCAGCGAGGUGGAGAACUGGUGCCCGCGCCUGCCGGGGAGGACCAAGACGUUGAAUGAGGAGGCCGACCGGAGGGGCCAGCGAUUCUCUGCCUCCUUGCUCAAACUGAUCACGAUAAACACAAUUGGGCGUGCUGGUUUGUCAUCAUCCUGUGCCACAGACGGAGAUCGGACAAGCUCGAUGAGCUGUACCUAUGUCGCGAGAGGAGUCCGCUGGAUGAUGCUCCGGAUCAAGCGCAUGGAAGACCCCUGGAUCAAUGCCAUCCGCGCCCUGGCUGCCAAGCAGGACCUGGCCAAGCGCAAGAGGAAGAAGAUCCUGGUGCACCUGGGCCUGUUGACCAAGGAGUCGGGCUUCAAGAUCGCAGAGAACGCCUUCAGUGGGGGGCCCCUGGGGGAGCUGGUGCAAUGGAGUGACCUCAUCACCACCCUCUACUUGCUGGGCCACGACGUACGCAUCUCCGCCUCCCUGGCCGAGCUCAAAGAAGUGAUGGGGAACAAGUCCAGCUGCCCCACCCAGGGGGACAAGGUGGUGGAGCUCAUCUACAUUGACAUUGUGGGCCUGACUCAGUUCAAGAAGACAUUGGGGCCCCUGGGUCACUACAGUAAGUGUAUGCUGCGGGUGUUGGAUUCCUUCGGCACCGAGCCCGAGUUCAACCACGCCCACUAUGCUCAGUCCAAGGGCCACAAGACCCCCUGGGGCAAGUGGAACCUCAACCCCCAGCAGUUCAACACCAUGUUCCCCCACACGCCAGACAACAGCUUCCUGGGCUUUGUGGUGGAGCAGCACCUGAACGCCAGCGACAUCCGCCACAUUGACGAAGUCAAGCGGCAGAACCAAUCGCUGGUCUACGGCAAGGUGGAUAACUUCUGGAAGGACAAGAAGACCUACCUUGACAUCAUCCACACCUACACGGAGGUGCACGCCACUGUGCACGGCACCAGCACUGUGCACUUACCCAGCUAUGUGAGAAACUACGGCAUCCUGAGCGGCCGUGACCUGCAGUUCCUCCUCAGGGAGACCAAGCUGUUUGUUGGCCUGUCCUUCCCCUACGAAGGCCCCGCCCCCCUAGAGGCAAUAGCUAAUGGCUGUGCCUUCCUCAACCCCAAGUUCACCCCGCCCAAGAGCAGCAAGAACACAGACUUCUUCAAGGGAAAGCCCACCCUGAGAGAGUUGACCUCCCAGCACCCAUAUGCUGAGGUGUAUAUUGGCCAGCCCCACGUGUGGACGGUGAACAUCGACAACCCUGCAGAGGUGGAGAGAGCCAUCCGCUCAAUCCUCAGUCAGAAGAUCGAGCCCUACCUGCCCUAUGAGUUCACCUGUGAGGGGAUGCUGCAAAGAGUCAACGCCUUCAUUGAGAAUCAGGAUUUCUGCCAUGGCCAGGUGAUGUGGCCUCCCCUCAGUGCUCUGCAGGUGAAGCUGGCUGAGCCGGGGAGCUCCUGUAAGCAGGUGUGUCAGGAGGAGCAGCUCAUCUGCGAGCCCUCCUUCUUCCAGCACCUCAACAAGGACAAGGACCUGGCCCGGUUCGGCAUGGACUGCCAGACGGUGGAGUCGUCGGGCGACACGGUGGUGCCUGCGUACAGCGACGCGCGUCAUCACUGCGUCUUCCAGUCGGACCUGCUGCUGUUCAGCUGCGCCGGCGCCCACCCCUCCCUCAAACGCGUCUGCCCCUGCCGGGACUACAUGAAGGGCCAGGUGGCGCUGUGCAAAGGCUGCCUAUAGCCCCUGUCUGUUUGGGUGUGUGGAGAGGAUCGAAUUGGAUUAGAUUGGAAACCGUACCCUACCAGAGCGCUGCAGGGAAUGGGGGAUGGGGUUUCUCUAGUUCUAACCACUCAGACGGCUUGACUCCUCCCCCUUGCUCCACACCUGCAGUCCUGCAGCCUAACUCCUCCCACAGCCAGGCCUCUGGAGGGAGGAAGAGCAGCCUGGGAACCAGACAACAAGGAGACAUCUGUAUUAUUUACAUCCGUUUUUAAUCGCCUGAACUUUGACCUUUAAGGCAUUUUGAUCAGCUUGUCAGACGGACAGAAUCGGCAGUAAACUGUGGAAAUUAAAACGGUGGACAGAGAGAGGCCAGUGAGCUACAUACAUACUCUGGGAACUGGGAAUGUCAAUGGAACAGUUGUCAGUAAGACACGGGCAGGAGGAAAGGAGGGUAAAGAAAAAAGAGACAUUGCGCAUCGGCCUGAAUUACUUGAAUCAAUGGGAGUCGCUGUAUAUUUGAGGCGGAGCGCAUGGCAACAGAGCUCCCUACUGCCCCUUGGCUGUGUGGCAGUGGGUGGUACUGCAGUCUGUGGACCAGUGAAUCCACCCACUGUAUCUCUCCAAGCUUGUAGUCGCAUCGUGUGUGUCGCCACACUCAGCAUGCUUUCCUUUCUGCCCCCUGUCCCCUUUUAUAUUUGAACUAUUUUAGCUAUGUAGGUUUGCACUGGAGACCCAUAAGGGGCCGGCCCAGGCAAUAAGGCUCUGUUCCAAUGUCCACACUAGCAUACUACUUAGGAUGAAGCAAUGCACAGGGCAUGUAUUCUGAAUGGUAUUUGGGAACAUAACCUAAAGUAUUGUGAAGUUGCCCAUAGACCCUGAUCUAUGGCCAGUUUAGCAUUUCCCUUAUUUAUGGUUAAGGUCAUGAUUGGGGGAGUGGAAGCUGAUCCUAGAUCUGUACCUAGGAAACUUCACCUAAAGGAAUGCUAGUGUGAAGAAGAAGAAGCAGAGCCAGUUUUACACUGUAACUGUACCGCUCCUCGUAGUCGCGUCUGGACAGGGGAGCGGUCAGAUGUAGAUAUAAUGUCGCUUUUAAAUGUUCCAAAUCGCAAAUCACUUUUAAUCCUGAGGCAUUGUCCCUCGUGGUCAUUCCCAACUACAGCUCACAUACACACAGAAACACACACAGUCCACCAUGGCUCCUCUGUAGCCCUGCAUGGUAGAUUGACCCUCCUCAUGUUCCCAAUGUACAGACUAAAGGCUGAGUUUUCAGCUCGCACACAUUCACAACCACACCCACCUGACUGACCAGCUGGGAUGUGCUGGGGUGUGUGCCAAAACAUUGCCAGUAGCCAAUGAAAAUAAUAAUUUGUCAUUAAUACAUUUCAAUCAAAUGUUUCAAGAAUUGAUUAUCAGGAGGUCAGAUCAGUCACAUGCAAUAGCUACAGUGAGGGAAAAAUGUAUUUGAUCCCCUGCUGAUUUUGUACGUUUGCCCAAUGACAAAGAC